UUCGCACUUGGCAAUAUGGGAGUCAUAAAGUCCUCUACCAACAAUAUGGUGCGAAUAUCCUCGGUGAUGACUGGCUACAGAGGUAUAAACAAAUUUCCGUUCCUCAAAUCUCUCUACCUAUCGUCGCUGCCGGAGGCGUUCCCUCGCAAUCGCCGCCCCCAACGAAGCUCGGCGCUCGCCGCCGCCGCUCUCAGUCGCAUUCCGCCGCCGCCGCGACUCUCGAAUGCCACGCGAAACCCAGUGCCAGUGCGUAUGCAGCAGACAAUCGGUGCACACAUGGACCAGGAGGACCAGCAUCUAGCGGAAGAGUACGUCCAGGACUUCGUCCUCGACCACUUGGAGAGCGUGACGGUCAAGAGCGAGGAUAAGAGGAUGGAGGAGUGGGUGCAGAGGGAUGACAGGUGCCGGCAGUGGGACGACAGGAGGAUACCGCCGCUGUCGCCGCCGCCCGACUCCAUGUACCCCCAACAGCCCAUGCUGGUCAGCAUGGCCGUCAUGAACGCGCCGGGGACUCCCCCACAAACCCCCCCGAGUAAUUCCCCCGACAACUGCCGCCCGCCGAUGAUGGACGAGAUGAUGUGGUUCCCGCAGACCGUCAGGUCCGAGCCCUUGGACCUCAGGCCCCUGCACUGCAUGGGCGGCGAGCCCGACUGGGAGCGCAGGGAGUAUAUCCCGUCAGGGAUGAUCAUGGAUAAUGGGCACCAUAUCAUCCAUCAAAGGCCGCAGUCGGUGUGCAGCGGCGCCAGCACAGUGUCCCCCCGCCUCAACCACAACACCACCAGCGGCUACUCCACGUGCAGCGACGACCUGGGGCUCGACGACCAGAUGCUGAUGACCCUCUCCGUCCGCGAGCUGAACAAGCGGCUCCACGGCUGCCCCCGCGAGGAGGUCGUCCGCCUCAAGCAGAAGCGGCGCACCCUCAAAAACCGCGGCUACGCACAAAACUGCCGCUCCAAGCGUCUCCAGCAGCGCCACGACCUGGAGCAAACCAACCGCUCCCUCCAGAGCGAGCUCCACCGCAUCAAGAUCGAGCUGGCCAGGGUGAGCCAGGAGCGCGACCUGCUGAAGCAGCGGCUGAAUCUGGGCCGGCAGCAGGUGCAGCACCUCAACUCCGAGGGCCAGAGCUCGCCGGAGUUCUAUCUGUGACAUCAUUUUCCGGGGCGGAGGAUCUAGUUCGGCCCCAGAGACUUUUUGUACAAAGUGCGGAGGCUUCUUAGCGUCUAGGGUAGAGGUCGCUUUCGGUUUUGAUUCGGUUCGAGGUCACGGAUGAGUGAUACUGCAUAUCUUUUUUAGUUUUUCGGUUUUUUAUUGACGAUGAUAUAUUUUUAUAUGGAUCUGGUGGCGACGAGGCCCGACGGUUGUGUUUUUGAAUGAUAUAUCUAUACUAUGUUACGUUGUGUAAAUAACAUUAGUAUCAAUAAAUUUAUGGUUUAGAACA